CGCUUAAACAGGAUUCAGAGCCCAAAGCUCGAACAAAGGGACCAAAAAUCCAUUUUCUGCGGCAACUUUAGCACUUACAAGGUUUACGUUGCACUUGAUCGUGGAGAGGAUUAGAGCCUAUCGCCUCAUGCAGGAGCUUGGGAACGGAAGCCGCAAACGAGGCAGCAACGCUGCUACGACUCACCGAACCAACUCAAACUCAUCCAUUUCAUCGAACCCCUUCCCAUAUUAUACUGUUGCAAGCUCGCAAUUCUCAGCACUCAUCGGGUUCGCCCCAGAACCAUGACGCUCAACAAACUUCCCGAUGAGCUGGUACUACGCGUUGUCUACCAAUUAGACUCCCCAAAAGACCUUUCAAAUUUGGCUCUCUGCAGUCACCACCUUCAUGCUAUCGCUAUCCCGAUAUUGUACUCAUCAUUUGCGGAGAACCAAUGUCAACAAACGUGGGCGUUCCUUUGCACGCUUUUGAAGCGGCCAGACCUAGCGCGCUUCGUCAAGUCUUUCACCAGCACCUCAUGGAGCGUCUAUUGGUCCCCACCUGAUUCGCUCGAUCGUAAUCGGGACGAUGUGAAGGACAUACUCGAGAUGGUAUUUGCAACCAGUGAAGAUAAGAGCGAGAAAAAUCUCUGGCUUUGGGACUUCUACUCUGAGGAAAAUUGGGAUGCAGUCACCGCAUUCGUUCUCCUUCUCCUACCGAACAUUACGAGCCUCAAACUACCAGACUAUCCGAGGCUCUCAACUUGGGUUUCCAAAGCUCUCCACCGAGCCUGCAAAUUUCAGGACUCGAAUACAUCCUCACCAUAUUCUCUGUCUCACCUGCGUGAUGUGGAGCUCGCCGCUGAUUACUUUGCUAGCGGGGAUGUGUUCGCGGACAUGGUCAUGCCAUUCUUGCCGCUCCAGUCUUUGAGACGCUUCACCUGUGCCGGCUUAUGGUUGGGACAACGCAACAUUGAAAGUCUCAGAGGGAACGUCACCCACUUUUCACUUCCUUCUUCUGACGUCAACUCAUUGGUAUUCGCCGAACUUCUCAAGUGCUUGCCCCGUCUCGUACAUCUUACCUAUUGUCACAAUUGGGUCGAUGUCGAGGAAGAAGGGGCUGCUCAGCCUUUUAUACCGCGCGCCAUACGGGAUGGACUCAUGCCAUCGAGAUUUUCCUUGGAAGAAUUAGUUCUUGUCAAUCAUGAGGAAGAAUGGGAGGACUUUACCUUUGAAGUAGUACCACUGCCUCUGGGAUCAUUGACAGAGUUCGAGAAAUUACGCAAAAUUGAUGCUACCGUGUACACUCUUGUGGGACGAGAAAAAUCACACCAAUACGGCAAUGUACAAUUCGUCGAAUCCCUGCCCCAGUCGCUCGAGAUAUUGGUGUUGCGAAAUUGCGAGCCAGACAUUUGGUCGUUACUCCACGUAUUGCUUGACAAAAGACGAAACGGAUGUUUGGGGAAGCUGAGGAUCGUGAAUCUGGUAUCACGAACUAAGGCGUUUAUGGAUCUAUCUGCGAGUCGGGAAGCUGCAAAGAAGUAUGGGGAUGAGGCCGAGGACUUGGGAAUUUUGCUGAACAUAGUUGUUGGCUUGCCAGUUGGCGAGGUUGCUCUGAUUGGAGGUUUCCGCCCUGUCACUUCCCAGUGAAAUUUUCAAUUAAAAGCACUUUACCAAUAGCCGGCGGCUCUUGACGAGGUUCGUGGAGUUGUGUACACUUUAUAAAAGUAUGGAAAAACAUGGACAAAACAACUCGGACCACAAACCAAGCAAUGGAACCUCAACGAGAGACAGCAGGUAACGUGAUGACUCACUCUCCCCAUCACGUUCGUUCCCUUCUUCCAAACGAAGUUCGAAAACAGCGAGGUUAUACUGACAACCCCGCGCGGGGUAAAGUAACAUUCACGAUCUUCAACAUGUGAGAUGAUCGACACUUCGACAUCGUCACAUCCUCGCAUCGCUCGCAUCAUCUGCAG